AUGCUUGCGGCGAUAAAAAUAGCUGAGUCAGGCACAAGGGAGGACGUUGAAAAUAUCAUAUCUAGUGAGGGGGAUGUGAAGCGUGAUGUAGAUAAUAAUACCCUGCUUCACUAUGCGUGUCUCGCGGGUAAUUUGGACACAGUCAUGGCUCUGGUGAAUGGCGGUUAUUAUGUAAACGCACCAAACGUCGAAGGGCAUACACCCCUCUGCGAUGCUGCAAUUCAUGGGUCUCCUGACGUCGUCAGGUAUUUAAUUCAGAAUGGUGCUAAUGUAAAUCCACCUGCUUACUGGGGCUCACCUCUGAAUUAUGCCGUUCGGAACGGACGUUUUCACGCCUUGGUUCUUCUUAUUAAUGGUGGAGCUGAUAUCAAUGGAUGUGACCGCACUGGCUUUUGUGCUAUCCACGUUGCUGUGGAAAAUAAACUUUACGACGCUGCCGAGUACCUUCUCAUGUCUGGUGCUGAUCCCAACCGUCGAGUAAGGUUGACAACCCCUCUUCACAUGGCGGCCAAACAGCAGGAUUUGCGGCUUGUUCGUCUUUUACUAAGUCAUGGCGCCAGCCCAUACCCCACUGAUGCAGAUGGGUUAACACCACUUGAUUACUCGUCCAAAGGUAGCGAUGUCUACAAGCUCCUCAAUUCGUACAUGGGCUGGGUUCCGUCUCUGCAAUUUCUCACGCGAAUUGCUAUCAAGGGGUUUUUGCCAUCCUUUCGACAGGAAAACAUCCGAAAACUACCCAUACCGCAGCAUCUUCGUGACUAUCUUGCCUUUAAGUGUUGA